AUGGUUGCAGGUGUUCAGAUUCACACAAAGGUCGCACAGGACGCCCAGUCUGAAAUCCUUACCGAUGGUGCAGUUGCAUUUCUCGCUGCACUUCAUAGAACCUUCGAGUCUACAAGACAGAGCCUCCUAGCCGCGCGCGAUGAUGCACAGCGCAGGUUUGACUCAGGAGUACCUCUUGACUUUCCUCCUGAAACAGCUCACAUCCGUGCUGAACCUUCAUGGCACUGCGCACCCCCUGGACCCGGUCUUGAAGACAGACGCGUUGAGAUCACUGGUCCUACUGACCGGAAAAUGGUCAUCAAUGCUCUAAACAGUGGUGCAAAGACCUUCAUGGCAGACUUCGAAGACUCUAGUGCUCCUACAUUCGCAAACAUGAUUGUUGGUCAAGUCAAUUUGCGGGAUGCAAUUAACCGACAGAUCGACUUCUCAUCCAGCGGCAAGCAAUAUAAGUUAUCUGAGAACCCCGCUGUGCUUCUUGUCCGACCUAGGGGCUGGCACUUGGACGAGACACGUGUCACGGUCGACAAUACCCCUAUCUCGGGGUCUCUCUUCGACUUUGGGCUCUACUUCUACACCAAUGCUCAUGAGCUCAUAAAGCGUGGCUCGGGCCCCUUCUUCUAUCUUCCAAAGAUGGAGCACUAUCUCGAGGCCCGUCUGUGGAAUGACGUCUUCCUCUUUUCCCAGUCCUACAUUGGAAUACCUCACAACACAAUCAGGGCAACCGUCCUCAUCGAAACGCUUCCCGCAGCAUUCCAGAUGGAAGAAAUUCUAUUUGAGUUGAGAAACCACUCUGCCGGACUCAAUUGCGGAAGAUGGGAUUAUAUAUUUAGUGCAAUCAAGAAGCGCAGGGCCGAUAGAAGUGCCGUAUUACCAGACAGGAAGGAUGUUACUAUGACUGUGCCUUUCAUGGAUGCGUAUGUGCGUCUUCUGAUCCAAACUUGCCACAGGAGGAAGGUUGCUGCUAUGGGCGGCAUGUCUGCACAAAUUCCCAUUAAAGAUGACCCUAAAGCCAACGAGGUGGCAAUGGAGAAGGUCCGAGCAGACAAGCUUCGCGAGGUCACGGCUGGCCAUGAUGGAACGUGGAUCGCGCACCCCUUGAUCAACCAGAUCGCUCGCAAGGUGUUUGACGAAAAUAUGCUGGGUCCUAAUCAGUAUCACAUCCGACGUGAGGAUGUGAAAGUCGCUGCGGCGGACUUGCUGAGCUCCAAUGUUCCCGGAAAGAUUACCGAGGACGGCAUUCGCUCCAAUGUCUCUGUGGCUCUCGCCUACUGCGGAGCUUGGAUCGGUGGCAAUGGCUGCAUCCCUGUCAGCUACUUGAUGGAGGAUGCCGCUACUGCUGAGAUCGCACGGGUGCAGCUCUGGCAGUGGGUGAAGUACAGCUCACGUCUUGAUACUGGCGAGCAGAUCACCGCGCCGUAUGUCGACCGCAUUAUCGCAGAGCAAGCAUCCGGCGUCCAGAAGAUCGCCCCAAGUGUCAAGGAUGAUCACUUGAAAAUUGCUACGAAGUAUCUCAUGGAUCAAGUCAGGCAACAAUGGCCAAGCGAGUUUUUGACGAGUGACUUGAUGCCAUACUUGACGAUGGCUGAUGGUGUUGAGGACAAGUGGCACAGGAGUGUUCUGUAA